GUAAAAGGUCACACUCCCGCGGAUCAGAUCUGUUCAACGGCCGCGAGAAGCGAAAAGACGCGGAGCGGACGGAGAGGGGAGACUUUGACUAUGACGGAGAAAAGGCACAACGCUUCAGGAUGGCGGCAGGUCCCAGACUCCCGAUUCCAUCCAGCAGCUUUGGUUUAGCGCAAAGCCGCAAACCAAUAGGGAGACCAUGGUCGUGGCCUCCUCCUCCUCCUCCCAUGUCCUUGCAGCUGCGGCCACUCUCUUCACCCUGAGAGCGGUGGCGGCAUCCGGCGGCAACGGCAGCGCCACCCUUGCCUUGUGCGUCCACGUCGACGGCGUGCACUCGAGCCCGGACUCCCCGUUUUACGGCGGCUUCGGCUACAGUCUGUCACAGGUUGUGGAGGCAGCUAGCGCGUCCGACAGAUUGUCCAGUGUGACGCGCUACGAUCAAAGAAGGGUCACCACCACCACCGGCCCGGACCGCGCGGACGAGUAUGCGCUCGCGCAGUGCCGGCCCGACGUGCCGGCCGACGAGUGCUUGCGCUGCCUCAAUGCCUGCCUUGGCACACUUGACACCCGCUGCGACUCCGCCGCGGUGCGCUAUGACAGCUGCCUCCUCCGCUCCAGUCCACACAACUUCAGCAGCUUCGAUGUCAAUGAGUACACGGUGGCCGUGUUCGACGGCAACGCGCCUAGCCUCCCGAAGAAGGUGCCUACCGGCUUGCUCGGCAAGGUGGCAGCCAACGCCACCGCGAACAGAUCCAGGACCGCUGCAGGGAUAGCGGACUACCCAGAUGCAGCGGCAACCGGCGGCCGUGGCCCUGCGAGUGUCUACGGGCUGGCCCAGUGCAUCACCCAGAUGACGGCGCAGGACUGCGGCAGCUGUCUCCGCGGCGCGCUGUCACGCCUCUCCGACGAGUUCAACUCCAGUGCCGGGAUGCAGGUCCUUCGCCCCAGCUGCAUGCUGCGGUACGCGGGCUCUCCCUUCUUCAACGCGUCCCUCCUGCCCGUGACCCAUGUCGCCGUCCCAGAGGGCGACGGCGCCGCGGCUCCGGAAGGAAGCAAUUCCCUUCCGCAGAGCAAAGAUCGAGUCAAGGUGAUCGCACUUUCUUGUUUUGCGGGCGGGGCUGCUAUACUCGCACUAAUCCUAGUAGCAUUGUGGAGCAAACGGAGAGGCCGGAAAUCAAAGAGUGCCACGGGGGGUGGUAACUACAGCUACCAAACUCUGGUGAAUGCCACUGCUAACUUCUCCGAGGAAAAUCGGUUAGGAUCUGGUGGAUGCGGCGUAGUAUACAAGGGAAUACUGGAGAACAAGAAAGAAAUAGCCAUAAAAAAACUUGCGAGAAAAAAUCUGAAAGAGCUGGAAAGGGAGGUUUCUCUGGUUGCGGAGCUUCAGCACGAGAACCUUGUCAAGUUCUUGGGCCAUUGUUUUCAGGACGAUAAGAUGUUUCUUGUCUAUGAGUACCUUAGCAGUAAAAGCUUAAGCAACUAUUUCAAAGGUUCAGGCGACUAUCAAAAACUGGAUUGGGCAAAAUGGCUCAACAUCAUCAAAGGGGUUGCACGUGGCCUUACUUAUCUUCAUCUUGAUUCUGGGAAGGAUAUUGUUCAUAGGGAUCUCAAGCCAUCUAACGUCCUCCUUGAUUCCAACUUCGGUGCGAAAAUCGCCGAUUUCGAUCUUGCAAGAGGGUACAACAGGGAGAGGAGUCAUGAAAGCACUCGUAACACGGCCGGUACUUAUGGAUACAUAGCUCCAGAGUGCUAUGCGGAAGGGAAAUUCUCCACCAAAUCGGACGUGUAUAGCUUCGGGGUGAUGGUGCUGGAGAUCAUAGUUGGGCAGAGCAUCAAUAGGUUCGAGAACGACAACUGCACCGGUCUCGUGGAACAUGUGUGGCAGCAUUGGAGCGACCUUAGAGUUGGAGACGUGCUGGACAGGGACCAUCUUGGCCUUGGGAACCAUGAGCAGAUGCAGCAAGCAUCACGGUGCGUGCAGGUCGCGCUCCUCUGCGUUCAGAACGACCGGUCCAGGAGGCCGGCCAUGGACGAGGUCACCUACUUCCUUAGCAAUGAGAUGCUUGUGCCGGAUCCUUCUGCUCCCGGGUACAUCACGGCGCCGGCCGGCAGCGGGCCGCCUGUGUGUUCGGUGAACGACGUGACGAUCAGCAUGACGGAGCCCCGAUCCUGACCGGAAUGUUUCGUCUCGGGAUCUCUCUUGCACAUCAGUGGUGCAUCUAGGCGUAUAUCUCCAACUACUAUAAACAACUAUUCAGGCCUCCGGCAGAAAGCACGGUUUCCCUGAAUGAGUCUAUUAUUGAAGAUACCCCUCAGCUUAGGUCAGAGGAAAGUGAGAUCCUAACUGCACCUUUUACUGAGAAGGAGGUUCUAGAUGCAAUAUCACAAAUGAAACUGAACAAAGCAUCGGGACCAGAUGGGUUCCCGGCGGAGUUCUAUAAGAAAUGUUGGCAUGUUAUUAAGGACGACCUUAUGCCUAUGUUUCAUGAUUUUUUUAAUGGACAUCUAGAAUUAUUUCAUCUUAACUUUGAUAUGAUUACU